AAUUCUUAAUGCUUUAGGAUUCGUCUCAAGUAACCUAAUAUUUGGAUUAUUUUAACGAUUUCGAGCAAUUUUCAAUGAACUGUUGAAGGCUUGACAAAAUAUUCUUGUCAUAAAUCAAGAUUAAUCGAUUUUUUAGGCUUCGACUUUACUCCUCUUAUGAGCUUCAACAAUCAUGCAAGAAGCACAAAACUUUGAUAAUUUUCUUAAUAAUUAUCUUGGUCGUCAACCUCCUUCUUUAUCCAGAAUUUUGAACAGCCCUAACGAAACUGGAUUGGAACAAUUCUUGACGGCUAUAAAAGAAGGUGACAUAGAAACGGCAAAAUUGAUUUAUACCAAGAAAAAGCUUCAACCCAAUGUUUGUCAUGUAACUUCAGGAGAAACAGGUCUUCACCUUGCUGCAAGGGAAGGGCACUUUGAAUGUGUAGAAUUUCUCUUGAAAGAAGGGGCUGAUAUCAAUUUGCUAGAAAGAAGAGGAAAGUCUGCAUUACAUUUAGCGGCAAGUAACAAAAAACUAGAGGUGGUCAAGUUGCUACUCAAGUACAAACCAUAUCUCGACAAGCCAGAUAAAUACGGUCGUACUCCUCUUUUAUGGGCCACUCAAACCGGAAACCAAGAAAUGAUUGAAACAUUGUUAGAUGCAGGAGCUUCUCUCACAACCCCUAACAGUAAUUGGCAUCCUCUUCAUGAAGCUUGUAAAUAUGGACACCAGAAUAUUAUUAAGAUGUUAGUUAAACUGGGAUCCCCUGUGAAUAACCCUAGUGAAUACAAGGGAUGUACGCCAUGGUCGCCACUGCAUAUCGCAACCCGAUCGGGUUAUCUGGAGUGUAUUGAUUUGCUUCUUGAUGCUGGUGCCGAUGUGCAUGGUAAGAAUGCUGGUGGGCAUACUGCACUACACGAGGCUGCUUUCAGGGGUUUUUCACAUAUUGUCGACAGACUACUUCAUUACAAUGCAAGGCCUAAUGCUCAAAAUAACCAGAAACGAACACCGCUUCAUGAGGCAUGUCAACAAGGAAAAGUAUUGUGUGCAAUCUUGUUGCUGGAUGCAGGAAGCAAGCCAAAUGCUCAAGACAUGGUUCUAGAUACACCGCUACACCAUGCACUUCGUGCAAAACUGCCGCCACCCACAGCUAUAGCAAUUAUAACUUUACUGUUGCAAUAUGGUGCCUCUCCAACUAUACGGGGCAAUAAUGACGAUACCCCUUUUGACAUUAUAAGAGAAACUGGACAAAGAGAGUGUAUGGAUACCCUUAUGGAAGCUUUAGAAAAUCCCCAACCACUGUUGCAAUUGUGCAAAGUCUGUAUUCGCCGGAAACUCCGAUUCAUGAGUGACUUAGAGAAGAUUGAUUGCCUACCUCUUCCUGUCUCAGUGAAACAUUAUUUGAAAGAAGAUGUAGAGUUAGAAGGAGAUGAAAAUUAGACGUCACUUGAAGAGGCAAGAAAUACAUUUUCAUCAAACCGGAAAACAUACUGUUUUCUGCUGUUAUCUAAAUAAGGCUUCACAAUUUAGGAAUGAUUGUGUUAGUUACUGCUGUAUCAUCUCAAUAAGAUUGUAUUCCAAAUAAUUUGUAAAUAUGUUAGCUACUAAUAAAAAAGUCAAAGUUGUGCAUCAUUUUGGAAAAAAAACAUUAACAAAAAUGUCUUAAAUUUCAAAACAUAAAAAGUAACAGGGAAUUUUUAACUUCAAUAUACUUGAUAUAUUUUAUUGUGAAAACAAAAAAACAUACUGAACAAUUAUACUUUGAUAAUGUUAUUAGUAUGACCUAUGAUAUUUGUAAAUGAUUCUUCAUAUUAUUUUCAAUGGCUGUAUAAGUUUUGUACUACUGCAAGGAAUGUAGAAACUAUUUACACUGAUGUAUAGAAAGAGCAUAAGAAUUAAAUGCAGAAUGUACAUGAACAGGGGUGGAUCCAGGCCAGGGGUGCGCACCCCUCAUUGGUUAUACUUUGUGCCCCUACUCCAAAGAUAACCAAUACAGGAUGUUUUUUCUUUUCGAUUCUAAGGGGUGCACCCCUCCCUGAACAAAAUUUUGGAUCUGCCCCUGAUGUAUUAUCACUAAAAUAGAAAGGGCAUUGCAUAAAUUAAGUAAUAUAAAUUAAUUUCAUAAAGUACUAGUAUUUGUGAAGAUUUUUAUUAAACAAUUACUACAAUGUAAAAAGCAA